AUGGUGAGCCCGCCUAGCUGGUUUUCGUGUCAUCCUUGGUCCAUCAGCCACGCUUCGUUAGUGCUGGGUUUGCGGCACCUGCUUGACAGACAUGGUGAGACCGACGCGACUUCUUGUUGGGUCGCAGCGUACUGCUUGUACCAGCAUGAUGAUGUUUCUCAUGCUCCUGACGUGGUUCUUCCGGCUGUCUUCGGAUCGAGGCACUUGUAUGGCAUUGCAGUGCACAUAGACUCACAGCGUGAAGUUUGGAGAAGAAUGUGGUGUCUUUCCGAAAUCCUCGCAUCCACAACACAUGGGGGUGAAACGGUGCACACGAGCUUCAUUACAGUGGAGGAGUCUAAAACGUGCGAGUCGACAGCAUUUUCGCUGUCCGACCAUCCAGUGGUCACUGAAUCAGAAAACGAGCGAAGAUCAUGCGAUGCCAAAUUUCCACUCAGCGCCUUUGCAUUCAACAGACCGAUAGCGAUCGACACAAGUUGCGCAACCCUCCAAGAGGACGAGGAGGCGAUCUUGCGUCAGCUCAUAAAGGAAAGCGGAGAGGGCAAGAGUGGUGCGCGCGCAUCUACUAGUCCAAGAUCUCCGAAGCAACACCCGGCCUACCUCAAGGCGAAUACGCUGCUGCGGGUCAAAGUCGAAGCCGCCGCUAUGCGAGUGGCAGUCCUCGCCAAAGACGAGAAGGUGGAGAGCGCCCUGUUGAGAGGAGCCCAAAACAACGAGACGCUUCGGGGCGAGCUCAAGCAAGCCAGGGAGCAAGCUCGGAGCCCCGCCGACAUGGUCUCAACGCCGAAAAGCGCACCAGCGCCGCCCGUGCCACCAGCACCGGAGCCGCAGAUCGCCGCAGGAACGGAUGAUCCGGCGGAGCUAGAGAUAAACUCCGCGAGUUCCAAGCUCCUGGGAGCCCGCCUGGGAUAUUUGUUGGAGGGCUUUCCGCGUCAAGCUCAGCGAAGCACAGGUCUCGACGAUCCGACGUUUCAUGAAAUGAGUAAGACUUUGGCGUUGAGCAAAACUGGCCUGGGUUACAACCAGCGGUGCCCUCGUGACGGGAGGCUUCAUUGCAGCAUGGUGGAUGCACUGGCCGCGAGUGAUGCGCAGAGAGCUUCUCACUUCUUAUCCUGGUGCUGGGAUUAUCGUUUGCAGAUGUAUCUACAGACAUGGAGGCAGUGGUGUUCUCAGCAUUCCCAUACGGAAGCCUUCAUUUGGCAGUGCUUCUUCUGCAACAACCAGUAUCGUCUCCAAGAAGGCCAACAAGUGACAGAUGAAAGUCUUGGCGACAUCUUUCAAGCCCGCUUACUUGACAUCCAGCAGAUGGUGGUGAUGCUUGAUAAGUUCAUGCAGCCCAAGUACCUGGAGCGUGUGUGGUGCGUCUAUGAGAUGUACACAGCGGCGGCGAACUCCGACAGAGUCACUGUUGACAUCAUGUUGCCACCCGACCAGGCGGCUGACAUUCGCACGAAGAUCGCCUCUGGUGUUUGGGAUGACAUUCGAAAGAAGUUCCAGGAAGUAAAUGUGGAGCAUGCCAAGGCCCGUGAGAAAAAGGACGAAGACAUGGUCAAAGAGCACAUCAAGAAAGGAGCCGGUUUCGAUGCGGUGAAUGCGAAAGUGCGGGAGAAGAUGAUGGCAUGGGUUCUCAAGCAAGUGGAGAUGUUCUUGCUCGAGGAUGGCAAAGUAAGAAGCGGGGCAGACUUUCUACGGACGGCUGGGCUGGCGGAUUACAUCGACAAGUUGGAGGAGCAAGGCGUCUGUACUUUCGAAGAUCUUGAGGAUUUGGAAGAUGCAGAUUUGGCCGCUAUAGGCUUUGAUCCGGCUGCGCGCGAACGUCUGCUCCAAGUGGUGAAGAUGGGGCCGUCGGGCAGGGAAGAGACGGACUUUAAGGACAAGUUGAGGAUGUUGGGCUUGACAGCAGACGUCUUUGAGGGCCUUUCUGAGGAGCAGGUCAUGCGAAACAGAGAUAUCGAGGAGAGGCUGCCAACUCUGGGAGACAAGAAGAAGUUUCGCAAGUGGCGUCAGUCUUGUCUGACUGGCGAGGCUGUUGUAGAGGAGUUGGUGGCGCUUGACAUGCUCGUGGAGCGUGGCCCGGACUGGUGUUACGAUGGUGACAGUGACGAUGACAUGACACCAGAAGACGGAGGACCCCAAGGUGUUGGCAAAGUUGUUGCCUGGUGUUCUGCUUCCGGAGAGGCCUUCGGAACGAGUGCGCCCAGGCCUGGAUGGGUCAAGGUGCAAUGGCAGGUCACGGGACGCAGAAGGAGCUAUCGAAUGGGGACGCCUGAGCGUCACUCAGCCGAACUCGUUUUCGCCGCGGCCAUCGCCGAUGCCCAAGCUGCACGAGCCCUUCGAGAGGUGCCAAAGGGUGAGAUUCAGUUGCACCAUCUGCGCUGCAAUUUUGGCUAUCGCUGUGGCACGAGGUUCUCCCACUAUGCCCUGUUUGACACCCGCGUGGAAGCAUGUGAGAAGGUGGCUGGGUUCAAACCUGGCGAUGUUGUCGAAGACAAGGAUGGGGACAGAGCCACGUGCGUUGGCUUGAAGUACCGUGCAGAUGCCAAGAAGGUGGACAUGUGGUUUCACUGCAACGGCAGAGACGGCGCAGGUCUCUUUACGCACCCAAAUCAUGAUCGCUGCCUUCGCAAAGUUGCGCACAAGCGCCUGCAAGAGAUAAGCCGUGAGGAUGUCGAAGGUGCUUCGGACGGCGAGAUCGAUCAUGAUGAGCGUGAAUGGGUGGGUCAGAACCUGAAGCCUACGCUAAAAUAUCUUUCAAAGUCGGGGCAAGUGCUCCACUUCGACGUUCGUGAGGAGAUUCUUCAACACUUUCGCAUGCCGUUCAAGUCUGGUGAUGUCUUGGUCGACAAGGCGGACGGUGAGCGGAUGACGUGCAUCGGCGUCGCAAGCGAUCCCAUGCGUCAGCUGGCUGCCCGGCAUGGCCAAAGGGGCCGACGGGUCGCCGGCAGCGUGGCAGAAGUGUGGUUUCACGUGGAAUCCUCGGACGGGGCUGGGCUGAACCCCAAGAUGUACAAGGCCGUGAGCCGAUUCCACAU